ACAGUAAUUUUAUAAGUUUUCACAGGCCUUAUGGUUCAUACUCCUGACAAACAAUGAAAAUUGUCAGUUAAAAUAUUCAAUAAACAAUGCUAGUAGAGCCCCUGAAAAGAGAUUAUCUCGAGUGCUGCAACAGAGGGUUCAUCAUCUUUUCGUAUGGCUAUGUUGACAUGUUCAAUAUGCAGUUAGGAGAUCUUUCAUUCUUAGAUGGCUCCUAACAUUUGAGAGAAGACUGAGCAGUGUAUUCUAUCUUGGCAGGUCAACAACAGGUUACACCUCUCCCAGCAUAGUAUAAAUGUAGUCCAGAAGCGAUCCCUCCUCGCUUAUUUUAUUAUUUCACACGCCUCGUCUGCCUUGAUAUUUAAACACUUCUAGAAUUUCCCUUUUCAGACUGAGGAUACACUUAAAUUUUACAUGUACCUUUUAAGAUGACCGCUAAUGACAAUGCUGAAUUAAAAGAACAAGAUAUAUUUUCCGCGCAAGAGCAGUAUCAGUUACAAAGAUUCCUAAACGACUUUGAGACAGCAGUAGACACAGAUAUAGCAAGCCCAAAAAACUUCAUUUCGAAUCAGGAACGGCCUGAAUCGAGCGCAACAAUAUCAGGACAGACUUCUGAUAAUAGCAACUCUACUAAUAAACGGAAACGAUCGACACCUCUUCACAAGCAAAAGUCGGGUGCAAAUAUCAGCGAUAGUGCAACCACAACUGCAGGAAAGCCAGUAGUAAUUAGGACAGGCAGAGCGAGGAAAGCACCUCACGAAUUAUUGACUGAAGAACAGAAAAAGGCAAAUCACAUAGCCUCAGAGCAGAAAAGAAGAGCGAAUAUUCGUGUUGGCUUUGAUCAAUUAGUCGAAGUUGUGCCUACGUUGGAUAAUGGUCAUAGAAGUGAAUCCGUUAUUUUACAGAAAUCUGUCAACUAUAUUAGAGAUCUACUGGAAGAUAAGAAUAAACUAAAGGAAAGAGUUAGGGAACUGCAGAUAUCACUUGGUGAAGUGUAAGUUGUACAUAAUGUAGGCCAUGCUUUGUUUCAAAUUGCUUCAUUAAUUUCAAUCGUUGUAUAUGUUAAUAUAUAGCCCAGAUGAAGACGUAUUGUAUCAUGAAAUCUGUUAAACAAGGAUACCUAAAACAUUUGUUACUAAUCACAUUCUGAUUUGUAUGGGUUAGAGUUCUGAAGGUGAAUUAGAUGAUAAUCUUGUUCAUACAAAAAAGAAAACUUGAGUUUAGAGUCGUAAUCUUAGUGCUGGUCAACUAUUUUCUAUACUGUACUCUCUGUUGUUUGUUCGGCGUCUCCAUUCGAACCCCCCAAAGGAUCAUGGUUUAGUUGGUAAAAUCUUCUUGAGACUGGAUUUAUGCCAGCUGAUAAUAGACCAUUUUACCUUAUAUUUUAGACGAUUUACAAUUUUUAAUGGACAAUAUACAUUUUAUUUUUAGAUUUAUUAAAAAAUAUUUUUAGAAAAGUCCAUAAUAUUUUGGAUUUUGAUAC